AUAUACAUAUAUCACGAUCCGGCUGAAAUUUUAAUCAGUCAAAGAUUAUUGUCAAUACUCUAUUAUUCUAUUUAAUUGAAGAACUCUUGUUGUUGAAUAAUUGAAUACACACAAUAUCGAAGCAUUGUUUCGAGUUUUAUAUUAUACUUCAGAUCUAAUUUAUCUAUUUGUACUGAGUUAUAAUCAAGAGAAAUAAUAUUUAGAGCUAAAACAACACUAUGGCUGAUACCGCUGGAAAAGUUAUCAAGUGCCGUGCUGCGGUUGCAUGGAAAGAAAAAGAAUCAUUAUCAAUUGAAGAGAUCGAGGUUGCUCCACCAAAAGCUCAUGAAGUUCGUAUUAAAGUAAUAGCAAUUGCAUUGUGUCAUACUGAUGCAUAUACAUUAUCUGGUGCAGAUCCAGAAGGAAUUUUUCCAAGUAUACUUGGCCAUGAAGGAAGUGGUAUAGUUGAAAGUAUUGGUGAAGGUGUUACUGAAUUUAAACCAGGUGAUCAUGUUGUACCAUUGUACAUUCCUCAAUGCAGAGACUGCAAAUUUUGUAAGUCUCCAAAGACAAAUUUAUGCAGUGUUAUACGUGUGACACAGGGUAAAGGAUUAAUGCCUGAUGGUACUUCGAGAUUUACUUGUAAAGGUAAAACUUUAGCUCAUUUUAUGGGCUGUUCAACAUUUUCAGAGUAUACUGUCGUUGCCGAUAUCUCCUUGGCAAAGGUCGAUCCUGCAGCACCAUUAGAGAAAGUUUGUUUGCUUGGCUGUGGAGUUCCUACUGGUUAUGGAGCUGCUUUAAAUACUGCAAAAGUUGAACCAGGAAGUACUUGUGCCAUUUGGGGUCUUGGCGCAGUAGGUUUAGCUGCUGCUUUUGGAUGCAAAGUUGCUGGUGCUUCUCGCAUUAUUGGCAUUGAUAUUGAUGAGUCUAAAUUUGAAAAAGGAAAAAUAUUUGGAUGUACAGAAUUCUUGAAUCCUAAUAAACAUGAUCGUCCUUUGCAAGAAGUACUCAUUGAAUUAACUGAUGGAGGAUUGGAUUAUACUUUUGAAUGUGUUGGAAAUGUUAAGACAAUGCGCCAAGCACUAGAAUCUUGUCACAAAGGCUGGGGAACUUCAGUUAUUGUUGGUGUGGCAGCUUCUGGACAAGAAAUAAGUACUCGGCCAUUUCAAUUAGUAACAGGACGUGUGUGGAAAGGUACAGCAUUCGGAGGAUGGAAGUCUAAAGAUAGUGUGCCAAAGCUUGUUGAUGAAUAUAUGAAAAAAAAACUUAUACUCGAUGAAUUUAUUACUCACGAAAUGCCGUUCGAUAAAAUUAACGAAGGUUUUCAAUUGCUUCAUUCGGGAAAAUGUUUGAGAGCUGUUUUGAAGUUCUGAACAUCGAAUAUAAUCCAAAAUUUGUGGUUCUAUAUGCACAAUUUAAUUAUCCAUAUAAAAAUAUUUUUAUAAAAACGUCUGUAUUUUUUAUUAUACAAAAAUUUCAAAACGUAAUAAAAAUCAUAUUUCCAUACAAA